UUUUGUUCAGCGUAUUAUAAUAUUACAUACUACAAUUUUUCCUUACGUUAGCCUUUUUAAAAAAAAAAAACUCUAAAAUCGACCUACCAACAUAACCAACGUUCCGUACAAUGCUUCAUUUAUUAAACGAUGUCUUAACAACAAGUAUCUAACGGUUUGCUCGCUCUGCACAAUCAAACUACAGAUUGUUGUAUGACGAGUAAAUUUUUAUUGCAAUAAUUAAUUAUGUUUUUUGUGUUUUGGAUGAAGGAUUUAAAGUCAAAAUAUUUAACUGUUUGGUGUGGUGUAUAUGGUUUGAAAAAAUAUGUGAAAUCAAAAAGGAGAACAAAAUGUUUAAACUUUUCAUUAUGAUUAAAAAGUUACAAACAGAUGGAACAUUUCUUAACUUUGUUGUAAAAUCAACAAUUGGAUUUAUGAGUGGAAUUUUGUUGACCAAAGUAAUAUUCUUAGUUUUUCUUUUGCAAUUAAAUUACUCAUACACAAAAGCAACAAUAUUGAGUUCUUUCAUUGGAAUCUUAUUAUCAAUUGGAUUAGCUUUCUCUACCGUGUGCAGAUGUGUUUUCUUCAUGGUGUUACCACAACUUUUCUCAGACAGGGGUCGGUAUGCACUUAUAUUUUAUGUGUUCUAUUUGUCAAUAUCCGGACCAUCAAAAAAUACUCUACACAAUACAGGAGUAUUAUCAGAAUCGCUCACAUGUUUACAAGACGAGAUAAAAUCAGUCAUUCGGCAUAUUCAACAAAUAAUUAAGAAGCCUCUAUUAGCUAUUCGAACAUCAAUACUAAAAAUAAAAUUAGAACUUGCUGUAAUGAUAGAAAAAUUAAAAAAAGGAAUGUUAGCAGUCAAAACUACUGUAGGCGGAAUAGUUCGAACUAUUAAAUUGGCAUAUGAAUGGUUAUAUAGCGUUAUGAAUAUGUGUAACAAAAAAAUAGGAACUCCUUUUCAGAGAUGUACCAAAGUAUUUGAUAAUGCCCUUGAGGACUGUAAAGUUUCUGUUCCAUCAGCAUUUAACUGGAUGUGUUCUAUAUCAUUUGUUAUAUCUCAUGUUUGCUACAGUGUAAAAUUUCUUGAUAGUUUGUGCGAAUUUUUUGAGUUUAUUAAUGAAUCAAUAUUUGGUGCAAUACGAGCUAGUUUAAAAAGUUAUGUACGGCACAUGAAAAACAUGUUUUACGUUUCUGUUGAGUUUAAACACUCUUUUGCAUUUGAUUCGACACCUAGUAAAAUGUCUAGUGACGUUAUUCGAGGAGUUAUUACAGAAUUUAAAAAUAGAAUAGAAAAUGCUGUAUUCUUAUUUGAUUUAGCUGGAACAAUUUUUUCAUUUUUUUUCUUAUACAUAAUUUUUAAAACUUUACUAUACAGACAUAAAUUUUUAACCUCUGAUUCGUUUGAUAAUAAAUAUCUCACUGAAGAACUUUACGAAUUGGACGAAAGAAAAUAUAUUCUCGAACAACCAACUAUCAUGCCAUUAACUAGAUUUGAAAAAAAUAGAUAUAUAGAGAGAAUGUCCAUAAGAUUAAUACCUAAAGAGAGGAAAAUGCUAUUUAAAUCAUUAGCUGUAUUGUUACUGACUACGUUUAAAAUAUGUGUUCAAAUGGCUGUUGAUUAUAGCCUUUACUGGAUUCUUAUUACAGUUAGGAAAUAUGGUAGAAUUUCUUCUCAAUUAGAUUCCCCUAGCGUGCUUGAUGUAAAUAUUGAAGGUGAUGGAAUAUUGGCAGACUUGUACAAAACUAUUAUACAUACUUUUCGACCAAUUGCUGAUAAAAUGGAUAUGGAUACAAUGAAAUGUUUACCUAAUCCUUUGACACCUGAUUUUUAUCGUUACCGGCAAAUUUGUGUUGUUUUACUUUUGCUUUGGUUCUUAGCUCUCAUUCAACCGUAUGGUUUACGAUUUCGAUCUUACGUAAUGGGUUAUUAUCAUCCUGACAUUGCCAUGACUAGAGCAGUAUGGCUUCAUAAUCGUGUGCUUCGCAGAAGAAUCAGCUUUGUUACAUUUGCUCGACGAUUUUUGCGAAGAAAAUUCGGAUUGAGUGAAACCGUAAAUAAUUCUACAAAUCCAUCGUGUUUAGAUUAUAUGUAUUCAAAAUUUCCCUUUUUUGAACAUAUAUGGCGUCGAAAUAAACAAUACGUUUGCCUUUUGUGUGGUUAUAAGGCUAAAGGUAAUGAUUUUAAAACAGGCAAUAUGAUAAAAUGUUUCAACGAAGGAUGUAAAGGCAUAUAUUGCCACAAAUGCUUUGCUGAUAUAGAUAAUCGUUGUACGUUAUGUAAAAAACCUAUAGAUUAUGGAGACAUGACAGAUAUCAGUGAAGAAAAAGAUAGUUCAGAUGAAAAACAAAACUUAAUAGUUGGUAAUUUUUCUAGAAGAAAAAAGAAUUUUUGGAAAGUGAAAAAUCAAAUUGUUUCGUAUAGCUUAAGUAAAAAGUCUUUACUUCAUCAUAGAGGAGAUUCAGGAGAUGAGGGUGACGAUGAAAGUUCUAGUGAUGAUUCGAUUCACACAAGUAGUACUGAAUCCAAUUCAUAUGAAAAUAAUCCAAAUUAUGUUAAUGCUCCGUUAAAUUGCGUAUCAAUGAUUUUGUACAGUAAAAAUAGCUCUAGACAAGAAUACUUAGUCUAAGUAUUUAAAAAGUCUAUAGUUAUAGUUCAAGUAUUAACUAAUAUAGUUAUUAUCAAUUAAAAUAUUUACAAAUAUAUAAAUAAGUUCUAUAAUUUUCUUUUUUUUUUUUAAUUAAAUAAAACACAACCCUAUUUUUUCAGUCCUACAGUAGUUAAUAAUAAGUUUUAUAGAAUUCUUUAUCAUUUUGUAUU